GCAAACACGAAGAGAAACAACAGGAAGGUGGCAUUGUUUCCAAGAACUUCACAAAGAAAAUCCAGCUUCCUGCAGAGGUGGAUCCCGUGACGGUGUUUGCCUCACUUUCUCCAGAGGGACUGCUGAUCAUCGAAGCUCCCCAGGUUCCCCCCUACUCACCGUUUGGAGAAAGCAGCUUCAACAACGAGCUUCCCCAAGACAGCCAGGAAGUCACCUGUUCCUAAGACUCCAGUCUUGGCCCAUCCUUGUUCCUUCCCCAACCCCAACGCUUCUCCGAUUCCAGGGUACAUUAGUUUAGCUGAAUUCAGAUUUAGUGCAAUUCAAAAUGCUGGGGAAGGGGGGAAGGGGAGAAUGACCACAGAUUGCCUGGAUCAUGCCAUUAGUAGAUUUCUCCACAAGAGGGCGCAACUGGCAAGCCAUGCUUGGUUGCCUUAGAUCAAAAUACUGGGAGUUUUUCUUUCCUAUCUGGAUGAAAAAUUUGCACAUUCUUUAGUUGCAAAACAAAUUAGUGGGGACUUAACCAUUUCAUGUUGCAUCUAGCCUUGCAGCGAACGCAAGGGUUGCUUUUCUCUGGGGACCUCCCCAUCACUCAGAUUCCUGCCCUGGGCCCACUAUUCCCAUGUGUGCUACAUGGUUUGGUUGGCGGAGUCAUUGGUUCACCCAACUAUGUUUCCAAGCCCCUGACCCACAAAGGGCUACUGACAGUACUUACAUCUCCAUCCGGGUGUAUCUACCAACCACAUGCAAACAAAAUGUGCCUUCUGCCCUCCUGGACUCUUCCAGCAUGUGCUCGUGUUUCUCAACCUGGGACUCUCCAAGGACUCUGGGAGCCCCUCAGUUAAUUCUCUGGUUAAGUCCCCAUCUUUUUGUGUCCCCUAUGUCCAAGUCAGGAAUUUUACAGAGGGGGCUGUCUCCAGACAGCUGGAGCAGGAACCAAGCAAAGGCCAAGACAGCCUGGUAGACAGGCUAGUGGUUUUGUCUAUAUGGGUGGGAUGUGUGUGUCAUUGUUGUUUGACUUGUGCUGUUGUUUAGGGGGAAAUAACAGUAAAUAAUUACUAGUAACAAUAAUAAAGGAGCUGAAGUUCUUAGCUUUUUUUGUGCUUCUUUUAAUGAGAAACUAAAUACAAUUAUCACCGAGAUCUACAAUAUUAGUUAGAAUUAUCAUGGCCUCAAGUUAUAAUGCCUAAUGAAUAAGUAGGUUAAACAUGAAUCAUUAUUGUCUAACUUCACAAGAUGUUCAGAGGUAAGUUGUACAGAUGUUUCUUCAGUUGUUGUGCCACCAAGAUCCCAUCGUAUUUCCAUCAUGUUCCUCUGCCACCUUUCACAAAGCUACAUAGUCACAGUCUAUCUUCAUGGUUGCAAUAUGGCUGCAGUUGCUCCAAGCAUCUCAUUCUCAUAUGACAAUGUACAUGAAGAGAAGGCAAGGGUAAAGUCAUCUCAUCUGGCUCCUUUUAUCCGUGAGCAAAAUAUUUUCCAGAAGCUCCCCAUGGAAGACCAGGCCAAAGAGAACCAGACGGCCAUGAUGUACUUAGAUUUAUAUUGAUUUAUCCUUUGAGGCCACCUAAGUGGAGCAAGGUUCUGUCAGGAAGAAGGAGAAGAGCACAGCAGCUGUGAGGACAAUCAACAGUGCAGUGUCGGUCAUGAAGUUGAUGUGGCCAGGCCCAGAGAGUGGUAAGGAAAAGGGGUUUGUGGUGGGUGCAGCAGAGAAGGCCAGGAGAGGAGCUGCUUUCAGCUAUAUUGGGACUAGGGCUUUCAAGAUAUCAACAGGACUCAAUUCUCUCCAUCUGACAUGGCCCUUCAGUGUUGGCUUCACUGACAUCCCCACCUCCCCUGCUCCCACGCUUAAUGUCCCCUUGUCCUCUCAUUAAGUCACAAGGCCGCUGCAGUUACAACAUCCCCACAUCCUCCCACUGUCCAGUCCUGGGGGAGAAAAGCCACACUUUCCCCAUACCCUCUGCCUUACUCCUGAGAGCCAUUCUUAUUGGACCAGCUUGGGUCACAUGACCGUUCCUGAGCUAAGCACAGAUUGAGAAAUCAGUGUUUUGAUUGGCCAGGCCUGGGUCACAUGCUCCAUCCCUGGAGCCAAUCCCACUUCAUCCCCAUGAUACCCUAGCAAGUAGAUAAUUAAGACAGAGAGAGAAGUGGUUUUGGCAAGUCACAUGGUGACAAUGGCACUCAAAGCCAUAUGUUUGCUUUUGGAAGAUUUAAUGAGAAGCUACUGGGAUGUUUCUCCAGGACUCCCCCAAACCACACAAAGCUGGCAGGAUCAGUUUUUCCUGAGUACCUACUCUGCCCGGCUUGGUCCUGUUAGGAGCCAAGGACACAGCAAGCAGUGAGCAACAACCCCUCCCUUUAAGGGGCUCACAGCCCAGUGACAGGAAUGGGAACAGGCACAGGAAGAAUGUCUGACUCUCACUGAGUCCUUCCUGCCUCCUGAAAACCCUGCGAGGGCUCUACCUAUACCCUUACAUUUAAUCCCACUAUAAUUCUAUAAAGUCAGUCAACUUUUGUCCCUUAACAGAUAAGGAAACUGAGGCACUGGAAGGGUUAAGUGCACUGCCCCAAAUCACACACCUGGUAAGCAACAGGCCCAGGCAACCUGACUUUGGAAUCUUCUCUCUUAAUUGUUGUUCUUUUCUGCCUUUUGUCCAACAAAGCAAAAUGGAAAUGUGAUUUCACGAGUCCAUUUCAAUUGUGGGAAAAGAAGAGAGGAGAAAUUGCAGGCGACAGUGGGGAUCAGGAAUGGAUGGCUUCCCAGAGAAGAGCGGUUGGAGUCAGGCUGGAGAGUCAGGAACAAUUGUGAAACCUGAGCAAACAGGUAGGGUAGGAGGUGUCCCAGCAAAAGAAAACACACAAGCUGAGGAGAAAGGCAUGUUGCUUGGAAAUCUUUUGAUGGUGUCUCAUUGUUCAUUGGAUGGAGUCCAAACUUCUUUGUAAGACCCAGAGGCUACCAAUCUGUAGAAAAGCCAGGGGUGCCCUUUCUCCACUACAGUUCCCAUUCUCUCCCCUCCCAUCCUGCCCCACCUCACUUCUCUCUGCUUUUGUCACCAGACAAGCCUAUUUACUACCAUCAAGAAUUGGAUUGUUUGACUCUGUCUUUUCCAAGAAUGGCACCCCCACCCUCUUCACCCACUCAUUCUUUAGGGUCUCAGCUAGACCUCCCACAGGGCUGACCCCUCUCCCUUACCUCUAUCCCAACACAGUGCAUCCUGUGUAACAGUCUGGGUAUACAUGUAGCAGAAUAAUAACCAAUAACAGUAAAAAUAAUACAAACCAAAAUCUAUCCUAGCUUCUGUGCUUUUAAGGAAGAGAACAGGAAUUAAGUCUAGGGGAAAAUCCCUACUCAAAUAAUUUUUUUAACAAAUAUUUUCUGGGUACCACCUGGGCUGAGUAUUGGAAACCAUUUUUCCCCCCUUUUGAUGUGAGAGAACAGAAAAGCAGGUUGGUAUUUACAAGUUCAUCAAUUCUGGUCUUCCCCUACUAAUUAGAAAAACCUGAGUGGACAUGUCUUACAUAAAACGGUGCCCAGCCCAAGGGGAUGGAGGACCACAGGGGCCUGAUCAAAGGAAUGAGCGGGCUUGCUACGGCACCAUGUCCCACCAGCUUGUUGAGCAGCUGGACCAUAGCACAAGCUGACCAGUCAAGAAUGCCAGGUGACAUUUUAGACCUGGAAACUAAAAAUCUGGUGCGUGAGAUUCCAUGUUGAAUUAUUCCAUCAUGAUACAAAAGUCAUAUACAACCCACUUUAGGGGUGUCAUACACCCUCAGAUGCUUUGUGUGAAUGUCUUGUGAGGUAGGAGGAGGUGGCAUUUGAGGACACCCCAGAACAAGGUAAAUGAAGGGGGAAGUUCUUCCUGAGAAAGGUGGAGUAAGAAGGCGCCUGGGUCUUUUUAGGCAUCGGGGAUCUCUCCAGGAGGGCCUUUCAUAGGAGGUGUUAGUCACUUUUACUUAAGUAUCUUAGGACGGCAUGCUUUUGCCAGAUACCUGGAUUGUCCCUUGCUAGGCUGCAGGUCUCAUGAAUGCAGAGGUCCCAUCUUGGGUUUCUGUACUGAGUCUCUAACUCCUACCACAGUGCCUGCCUCUUAGGAAGCGUUUGACACUUGCCAAUGUACAAAGGAAUGUACUGAACAAAUUACAUCCAAAUUCUUUUCUACUUCCUGGAAGUCCUGCCUGGCCCUGUCACCUCUCCGGCUUCACCUCCCACAGCUCCCUCUUUUGUCCCUACAUACAGGCAUCCUUUCUCUCUCACAAACACACUCUGGCCAUUCCCACCCCAGGACCUUCGCACUUGCCAUUUCUUUGGUUGCAAACACUUCACCCCUAGCUCUUUGCUUAGCUGACACAUCAUAAUUUCCUCAGGUCUCCUCCCAAAUUCUACUUCCCUAAUCCUGCUCCUGCUUGCUCAAGUCCUGCGUCUCUUGAAACCUCAUAAUAGCUAUGUCCGAUCGCUGACUGUUAAAUACACCACACUGUGUUACUUCCUUCAAAGCACUUGUCAGAAUUGUGUUUUUGUGGUGGCAAACUCCAUGCAUGUUGAAAUUUAAGCUUCCCUCAGUAUAUGUCAUUUGUAGAAAUGUAUCAUAAAAUGCAAACUCCAAAAGGGUAAGGAUUUUCUCUUCUGUGUUGUUCAAUAUUCUUUUAUGCUCAGGGCAAAGUUUUGGCACAUUGAAGACAAUACUUAUUGAAUGAGUGAGUAAAUGAAUGAACAAAGGAAUGAAAGAAGGAA